AAGAGGAGAGGCAUGCAUUAUAAUCUUUUUACGGAAUUGCUUUUCGAAGAUCCAGAUAGAUUUAGACGAUGCCUUCGAAUGAAUAGCACUUUAUUUGAAGAUCUUUUAGAAAAAGUAACUCCUUUUAUUAAAAAACAGGAUACACAUUUGAGACAAAGCAUUUCACCUGCUGAGAGGUUGUCUCUCACCCUACGACAUCUUGCAACAGGGGAAAGUCAGGAAUCUCUUCGUCUCACAUUUCGGAUUGGUCAGAGUACUAUUUCAGGUAUCAUUAAGGAAGUAUGUACUGUGAUUAUUCAUAUACUACGUGAAGACUAUCUUAGAAUGCCAUCAUGUGAGGAUGAAUGGAGAGUCGUAGCUAAUGAUUUUGGUCAUCGUUGGAAUUUCUAUAAUUGUCUUGGAGCCAUGGAUGGCAAACAUUUUAAAAUUGAUCCACCAUUACAGUCAGGAUCAUUAUAUUAUAAUUAUAAAGACAGUUUUUCUGUUGUAUUACUGGCUGUUGUGGAUGCACAACUUAGAUUCAUAUAUGUAGAUAUUG